UCACCCCCCUGCAUCCACAAGUCGUUUGUGUCUCUCCUCACUCACACACUCGAUCAGUCGAAGAAAAAAAAAAAAAAAGAAGAAAAAGAAAAAGAAAAUAGAAAAAAACGUUUCAAACCCAAAGUCGCUCAAAAAAACCCUAGCUUCCUCAGUCUUGUACACAAUACAUACAGCUUUUUCAUGGUUAUAAUUUUGGGUCCUUCGAGAUUUUGCCGGAAAAUCUUUGUCCAUCCGAGAAAGCGCAUGAGAAAUUCGAUAUUUUUGAGAAACCUUUGGUAAAUCGUGAAUUUUUUUUUGGGACGAAUUUUGUGAUGGGUUCGGCGCCGGUUAUACUGGAAAUAAGCUCCGACGAAGAGUCGAGUUUAGGCGGUGUGGGCGAGGGGUUCGAUUGGAUGUCGGAGCUCUUCAACGAAAUUGACGAUAACGACUCCGAUGAGGUCGUGGUGGUUCGGGAGGUCAACAACACCAAGCGAAAGUCGAAGUCUUUGGAUUCGACGGAGAGGGAUGCGGACGAUGAUUGCGUGGUUUUGGACGGUGAUCCCGAUAACCCGGUGUCGGUGGAAAACGAAGAUUCAAUUUCAAGCGGGUCGGAUGAGUUGCUUGUAGUCGGAGAGAAAGGGCAGAUUGCAUGUAGAGACUACCCUCAUCCACGUCAUCUUUGUGCCAAACAUCCUUUUGGUUCUACGCCCCAUGAUAGCCACUGUGAGCAGUGCCACUGUUUCGUCUGUGAAUCUCUUGCACCAUGUCUCCAUUGGAGCACUAACAUCUCCAGUAUCGGCCAUUGUCAUGCCACUGAUAAAGAGGAGUUCUGGAAAAUUCAGAGGAAAAGUUUCAAGCUGGAGAAAAAUGCUCCAUUACCAGCUUUAAAGGCUACUGAUAAUUCUCUGCCUAUUGCAUUUCCCCAAUUUAAAGGAGCUCAACCACUUGACCUUAUUCGAUUGGCACCCAACUCUAUACCUCAUAAUCAGGUCUCUAGGCCAGCUAUAAUCCGUUGCCCCUCCUUGCCCAAUUAUACUUUGCCAAAUAUCAUAAGCCAAGGUAGAAGCCAACAGCCAGCAUCUGCUUUGGCAAAAAACAGAUUCCAUACAAAUUUGGUUCCAUCGAAUGUGCUUGGUGUACGUAAUAAUGUCACCCAAAGGGACCGGGUUCUUAGCGUUGGGACUUUGGGUCCUCAUGCAAUGUUUAAAAGGACAGGACCUGUAAGGGGUGCCUCGCCAAUACACUCCACUGUGUGUGGUUCAUCAAACAAGGUUAAUUGUGCCCCUGCAACACAGUAUACCAGAAAUGCUACUCCAACGGCAUCAUCAAACGAUAGAAAUCUUGUUAGGUGGCAGAAUGUUCACCCUAGUGUAAAUUUUGAGUCUUAUAGGCCUCAGGACUCCUCCCAGCCCAACUUGGACAGCUUUGUCGCAAAUGUAGCAUCUUCCCAACCGCAAAUAUAUAGUCCUAUUGCUCAAUCAAAUGAUGGUGAAAAUUCUUGCCAGAAUGGGUAUCAAAGUCAAAAUGCUAACCAAGGUAUUUAUCAGAAUGGGAAUCAGAGUCUAAAUGCCAGCCAAAAUAUCUGUGAGCAGGGGAAUCAAAGUCAGAGUGCCGCAGAUCCAGGUUUUCCAGAUUUUAAUUUUAGUUGGCCUAGCCAAUCUGUUCAAAGCAACCAACUGCCUCCACUUGAGAAUUCUCAAGUUCAAAUAUCUGAGCGAUAUCCUGUUCCCAUCGAGGAGUUUAAUUCCCAGUUUAUGGGAAGCUCUCACCUCAGUGAAAGCAAUCAACAACCUGAAUUUAGUGGAAGUGCAAAUCUCAGUCAAAGCAAUCAAGAACCUCAAACUGAAAAUUUCCAACUUGAAAGCAUAAAUCUCAGUCCACUGGAGGACUUUGAGAACUGGUUGGAAAACCAGUCAGUUCCUUUGGUUGCAGAUGGUUCUAUGCCUACUGAACUUGAUAUAUUUUCUCCUCAGGCUUCCUCUAUUGAUGCGGGUAUGCUUUUGUUUGAUUUUGAGACCUCCUGGAAUGGUCUUGCGCAUGCCUAGCCAAUGACAACUACUUGUGCUUCUUGGAAAGAAGUAAUUGCCGGCAAUCAUAACUUCUGUUCCUCAACAAGAAGUAAGAAUGAUUUCCACAUUGCACACUGGGGUUAAAGGUGAUAGAGUUUUGGUGUACAGUUUUAAACUGAAGUGUACAAAAUUGCCUGUAGGUUAGAUGAUGCUGUAGAGGAUGGUAGAUUUUGAUGUCUUAUAUUCAUGAACCUAAUAUGUUAAGUUACUUGUAACAUCUGCAUUGUUCUUUCCCCUUGAAUUUUGCCGUGUCAGAUGCCCAUUCUAGUUGUUGAAGAUGAUCCCUGCAGAGUUUUGUACCUGUAUGAGGUUGAUUUGGUUUUCUACAUGUGGUGAAAGUGAAUGAACUUGGUCUUGAAUUUUAGAAAAUAGCUUACGUCAACGGGUUACGGCUACCUUUUGUGUACUUAAUGGUCCUAACAUCCGGACAAUCUUAUGUUUUUAUGUGAAAAGCUAGCUUUUCUCGAAAACAUGAGAUUGGAUGCUGGUGCGUCUUGAAUGCUUGUAGAUUUUUGUGAGUACUAAAUGCAUGGUGAUGCUAAGAACUGUUGAAGAUCUGGCUACUGGAGAUCUGAUGAAAUGGCAAGUACUUGAUAUCUUGGGGGCGUCUUGAACUCAAAAGUUUUUACAAUGUUUCAUGUGGUAAUGUAAUAUAAACGUUCUGUGCAAUCCUAGAUUUGUUUCAUGAAGCACUUUGAGGUCAUUGCUUGAAACUGAGAAUUGAGAACCCUUUUAUUUUGGUAUCAGAGAAUUAAACUUAAAACUGCA